UGGGGUAUGUGGACUAGUAACUCCUCCCCUCUUCGCGCUGCUUCUGUUAAGUUCUUCCGGUGGACAACAACGGAAUUAUGUUAUGUUUUUGCUCAUUUUUGAGGGUCGUUGGAUGAAAAAUAGAAUAUUUCAGCUAUAAUAGCCGCUUUAUACCCUGAGCUACAACGUUUGACUGUGACACAGAACCAACAUGGACGUCCCGAACCCUCCUGAAGAUCAAGAGCUGAGGAAUGUGAUUGACAAACUGGCCCAGUUUGUGGCUCGGAAUGGGCCUGAGUUUGAAAAGAUGACCAUGGAGAAGCAGAAGGACAACCCAAAAUUCUCCUUCCUAUUUGGGGGAGAAUAUUUCAGCUACUAUAAGUGCAAGCUUGCUAUGGAGCAACAGCAACAUCUUUUCAACCCAGGAAACAAAGAUGUGGUUGACAUUCCCCAUCCAUCAAUGCAGCUGGUUCCUCCACCUCCAGUUGCUCUGUCAGCUGCGCCCUCGAUAGAUGAGCUCAUUCAACAGAGCCAGUGGAACCUGCAGCAACAAGAGCAGCACCUCCACACUCUCAGACAGGUAAUAGAAUAAAGAAGAAACAAUAAUUG